CCAGACGGACAGACAGAGAGUGACAGAUAGACAGAGGGACGGUCAGUAUGCAAGGCGCGGUGAGCUUCCUGGCAGUGGCGUGGGUGCUGGGUCUGGGCCCCGUGGCGUGGGCCGCCCCCGGCCAGUGCCCCAUCCCGUGCCAUUGCCACGGCGACCUGCAGCACGUCAUCUGCGACAGCGUGGGCCUGCGGAAGGUGCCCAAGGUGUCGGAGGCCACCCGGCUGCUCAACCUGCAGCGUAACAACCUGGGCAGCCUGCCCACGGGCUCCUUCAGCGAGAUGAAGGGGCUCAUCUCCUUGCACCUGCAGCACUGCCAGAUCCGCGAGAUCGGCGGCCAGGCCUUCAAGGGCCUGAAGAAGCUCGUCUACCUCUACCUGUCCGACAACGAGAUCAGCGUCAUCAAGCCGGGCGCCUUUGAGGACCUGACGGAGCUCACCUACCUCUACCUGGACAACAACCGCAUCAGCGACCUGCCGCGAGGGGUCUUUGCACCCAUGAUCAACCUCUUCAUCCUGCAGCUCAACGACAACAGGAUCCGGGAGCUGAAGCCGGGCACCUUCGCCGGGGCCAAGGACCUGCGCUGGCUGCACAUGAGCGGCAACGACAUGAGCUCCAUGCUGCCAGGCUCGCUGGAUGACGUGGAGAACCUGGCCAUCCUGCACCUGGACCGGAACCGGCUGGCCGUCUACCCGAGUACAGCCAUGAGCAAGCUGAGGGUGGUGGAGGAGCUGACCCUCUCCCGGAACCCCAUGAAGACCAUCCCGGACAACGCCUUCCAGAGCUUUGGCCGGUACAUGGAGAAGCUGUACCUGGAUAACAUGGGCCUGGAGAAGUUUUCAGAGGGCGCCUUCACUGGAGUGACAGCUCUCAAGUCUCUGCACAUUGAGAACAACAAGCUAAAGACGGUCCCCCGCAGCCUGGAGUUCACCACCAUCCAGAACCUCACACUGUCGGGCAACCCCUGGAGCUGCAACUGCCAGCUGUCCCCCCUGCGCAAAUGGAUGGACUCCAGCCGUCACCGGCCCGACGCAGUCUGCGCCUCCCCGUCCCAGCAGAGAGGGAAACAGAUCAGGGACAGCACGGCCUUCAUGGGCUGCAGGAUGAAGACAAAGAGGGCCAAAAAGGGAGCCCGCCAUUAAGCAGGGGAGUCUCGGGAAGCCUGUCCCGGUGACCGGCUACGCACGAGAAAGGAGAACGGAAGCUAAGCUAACUGCUACUUCAACACUGUCUGGUCCCCUCACCCUCAUCCCACCUCACGAACACACACACACACACACACACACACACACACACACACACACACACACACAGACACAGA